AUGUCCGACCAAAUCGAAAAAGUCCUCACAACCGCCGCCCCAGCGCCCCUCCCCCAAUUCUCCCAAGCCGUGAAAUACAACGGCAUGGUCUACUGCUCCGGCAACAUCGGCAUCCUCCCCGACAAGCCAGGCAUGGUCCAGGCCGAGGGCACGGUCAAAGACCGCACCCGCCAGGCCCUCAAGAACCUGACCGCCGUCCUCGAGGCGUCCGGCAGCUCCCUCCACAACGUCGUCAAGGUCAACGUCUACAUUACGCAGAUGUCCGAUUUCGCCACCAUGAACGAGGCGUAUGACGAGUUCUUCACGUUUGAUCCCAAGCCUGCCCGCACGUGUGUUGCAGUAUACCAGCUACCGCUGGGCACCGAUGUCGAGAUUGAGUGCACGGCUUUCCUGAACAAGCCCUCUCAGAAGCUGUAG